AUGUCCUCUCUCAACCCCUACGUCGUAACCUUCAACUGUGGCCGCGAACCUAUUGACCCCUCCACCUUCUCCACCCACCUCUUCUCCGCCCUCGCCAACCCUACCGCCCCCGACAUCCUCAUCCUCUGCCUCCAAGAAAUCGCCCCAAUUGCCUACUCCUUCCUCGGCGGCUCCUACCUCGUCCCCUACCUAUCUCCUUUCCGCCAUGCCGUUACCAUUGCAGCAGCCUCCCUCGACGACGCGAGCUACGUCAACAUCAUCACCAGAAACAUUGGCAUGACUGCUAUAAUGGUGUUUGUGCUUCGAGAUCAAACGGCGCAGGUACGGUGGCUGGAGACAGCGGGGGUGGGAGUGGGGAUGUAUGAGAUGGGGAAUAAGGGGGCUGCGGGGGUGCGGAUGGGGUAUUCGAUCGGUGACUCUACGCUCGAAUUGACGUUUGUGUCGGCGCAUCUGGCUCCCAUGGAAAACAAGUUGCAGCGCAGGAACGAGGAUUGGAUGAAUAUAGUUCGCGGUCUCGUCUUUACGCCCGUCUCUCCCACUGCGGUCCGGAAGAACACUGCACAGCGUCUGCCGCAAGAAAGUUCCAACGAUACCGAACCUCUGCUUCAGGCAUCGCCUGGCGAGGACUCCAUACCCCCAAUGUCAGGUCUCUACACACCGACAUCCCAGCUCAUCGUCGCUGGCGACCUCAACUACCGCACUUCGUCCGCAAAGCCCUCACCGGAUGCCCAUGUCACCUGGCCCCAACCCAGCAGCGACGCAAAUGCCAAACAGCACUAUUCACGACUCCUCCCAUCCGACCAACUCAAGCGCGAGAUGCAAGCCGGAAGAACAUGUCACGGUCUCCAAGAAGCACCGGUCGAUUUCCCGCCCACGUACAAAUAUUCGGACGAGGCGCGCUCGGCCGCAACCUCCCAACAACAGGACGAUAGCGACGCAGACGGAAAGGAAUGGAGAUGGGCGAAACACCGCUGGCCCAGCUGGUGCGAUCGCGUGCUCUACCUCGACAUGCCGCCCUGGAUGAAAUCCAUGAACCCAGCAGCGAGGGUGGAGGUGCAAAGGUACAAAGCGCUACCACUGAUGGCGACGAGUGAUCACCGGCCCGUAGCUUGCUCGUUCUCGAUACCUGCGGCGGCGAUACCGGAACCUAGUGAAGAGCAAGAAAGAGAGGCAAAGACGGAUGUACGGCUGGUACCACCUUGUGGCUUAAACGUAUUAUGGAUGGAGCAAAGAGAGGCCGCGAGAACGAAGGAGGUUAUGGUGGGUAUUGCGGCGUAUUUGGGACUUACGUGGGAGGGUAGAGGGAUGUUACUUGCGAUUGUGGUUGGAGCGCUAGGUGGAUGGGCUGCUAUCAGGGCUUUUUUGCAAUGA